GUCAGUCAACCGUCGAAUCUCGACUCGUAAACUUACCUUCGCUCACUAUCUUCGCUACCAAUUGCAUAAAAGAAAAAAGUUAUUUGCAACAAAGUGUGAAUUAUUCAGAAAUUCUGAGUAAACAUAAUAAUAUGUAUACAAGUUUAAAGUAAUUUUUUUAUAUCAACAUGAUAUAUGUAAUUGCUUUGACAGUGAUAGUGGGAGUUUUAGGGUUCUAUUAUUACUUUCUCAAGGUUAAAUUUUUCAAGAAACAUGGUAUACCGCAUAAGAGGCCACUUCCUAUAUUAGGAAAUAUGGGAACAGUAACUUUCCGUCGUCAAUCAAUGGCUGAUCUUGUUAAGAAUGUUUACGAUUCCCAUCCCAAGGCUAAGUACGUCGGCAUGUUUGAUAUGACAAAUCCACUCAUAGUGAUUCGUGAUCCAGAUCUUAUUAAAUCUAUCACAUUGAAAAAUUUCGACCUAUUCCCGGAUCAUCGCACUAUGAUUGAGGAGCAUCAAGAUCCAUUAUUCGGCAGAAAUCUUUUUUUUCUCAAAGGAGAUAGAUGGAAGCAAGUCCGGCCUUUACUGAGUCCAGCUUUCACGUCGAGCAAGAUGAAAAAUAUGUUUAAAUUGAUGUCGGAUUACGCCGCCGAAUUUAGUAACUACUUGACACAAUUGCCAGCAGACAAGAAGAUAAUGGAUAUAAAAAACGCAUUUACUAGAUAUACAAAUGACGUAAUAGCUACUUGUGCUUUUGGCAUUAAUGUUGAUUCAAUGAAAAACCCAAAUAACGAAUUCUAUAUUUACGGCAAAGAGGCUACUAAUUUUGGUAGUAUCUUCCUUAUAAAGCUAUACAUAUUCAGAUUCUUACCUUGGUUGGCAGAAAUUCUUAAAUUAAGACUUAUUAGAGAAGAAAUAGAAAAUUUCUUUAAAAAUCUCGUAGAAACUACAAUAAAAACCAGGGAUGAGAAUAAUAUCGUUCGCCCGGAUAUGCUGCAACUCAUGAUGGAAUCUAGAGGUAAGGAAGGUAAGGAACUGCCAAUUGAAGAUAUGAUGUCCCAGGCAUUCAGUUUCUUCUUUGGCGGCUUCGAUAGCACUUCGACGAUAAUGUGUUUCGCCGCUCACGAAAUCGCGGUGAAUCAGGUAAUACACAAAAAUCUUCAAUAUGAAAUCGAUCAGGUCUUGGAAGAAUCAAAUGGAGAAGCGCCAUACGAAAUGGUUAAUAACAUGGAAUACUUGGAUGCCGUGAUCAGCGAAACUCUCAGAAGAUAUCCAAUUGGUGUGGCAAUGGACAGAGUUUGCGUGAAAGAAUUUGAGUUACCUCCGACAUUGCCUGGAAUGAAACCCUUUACUAUAAAGAAAGGAGGAGCUGUAUGGAUACCAGUUUAUGGACUUCAUCAUGAUCCGCAGUAUUUUAAAGAGCCGGAAAAGUUCGAUCCCGAACGAUUUCUUGGCGAGCGAAAGAAACAGAGUCUGAACUCUGGAGCUUAUCUUCCCUUCGGACUAGGUCCUAGGAUGUGCAUCGGUAACAGAUUCGCUUUAUUGGAGACGAAAGUUCUGCUGUUUCAUCUAUUAGCACGUUGCAAUUUAGAAACUUGCGAAAAAACGCCGUUACCGCUCAAGAUUGCUAAAGAUGGCUUUAAUAUGAAGCCCGAAGGCGGCUUUUGGCUGAAUGUAUUACCGAGGAAAAAUGUUCAUCGCACUGUUGCUACCAAUGUUGUCAAUGAGAGACGUCAGCAAUAAACUAAACAAGAAACAACAAAAUAAAAGAAGAAAUAUGAAAAACAUCUGAAUUACAUUUUAUAACUUUCAAUACAAUGCCACGUACAUUCUGAAAAUAGAGAAAAUCAAAACUGAAAAAUUCCUUGGAUGAAAAGAGAAAGAAUGAGUAUUACCUCAAUGCUUAUUAGCUAUUCGAAUUAAACAUACGUAUCGUAUGAAAAAUAAAAAAUAACAGAGGAAGUUUAAUAUACAGGGUGAGUCAAAAGUACGUUUUAAAAAUUUGUGAGCAUGUUUUCUUGGAUAAAAAAGAAUAACAAAUCUUCAAAUGAACAUAUAAUCACAAAUGCUUUGUUAUCAAAAUAAUGGACGUAAAUCAGCAAUAUCAAAUAAUAAUUUAUUUGAACGUUUACAGUUUUAUUGUUGUUCUUUGAUUGAUGAUUGACGAUUUUGAAUGCAUGUCUGAACACAAAUUCUACAUAACUGACACAUUUGUUUGAAAAAAAAGAGAAAUGUGAUGGGGCUUCAUUGUAUAGACACAAAUCAAUUUGUUUACAAACAAACGUUACCACGAUCCAAUAAAAGAAAGGAAAAGAAAGUUGUUAAAUAAAUUUCUGUACUCUUUUUUUAUUUCUUAUAAAGAACGACAACAACUGUAAACGUUUAAGUAAAUCAUUAUUUGAUUUAUAUCCAUAAUUUUGAGAAUAAAGAAUUUCCGACCAUGUUUAUGUAAACAUUUGUUAUUCUUUCUUACCCAAGAACAAACUCACAUGUUUUUAAAACAUACAUUUGACUCACUUUGUAUAUUAAUUUAAUCUUAUCAAACUCAUGUUUGUCAAAUUAUAUUUUAUCAAACUGUUGACAGUGGUGAAAGCUUUUUUGCGCUAUUAAUACAACUAAGAUUAAGUUAUCAAAGUGUUAGGGUUAACUUGCGUAAGUGAUGCAAAUAUUUAUAAGAGAAAGAUCACUCGGAUGCAACCAUCAGUCGACGAUCGAAUCUCGAUGCGCAAAAUUACUUUCGCACACCAUUCUUGUUAUUAAUUGUACAACAAAAAAAUUAUUUGUAAUAAAGUGCAAAAAUUAG